CGAAGUUCACCAUAUCGUCGUAUACCACCUGCAAGCAGAAGCUUGUAGACGUUAUUUCUUUGAUUCACGUUUCAAACACUGCAAUUAUUUGCAAAAGGUCGCAAACAAAUUGAAAUAAAUAGUGCUAGUCAUUUACGUAUCACCAAGAACACAAAAUGAGUACAGAAAAUGCGUCUGCUGCUCUGAAUUUGGAGAAUUGCAGAGUGGUUUUGCUGGAUAUUACCGGCACAGCUAUCUUUGUCCACAGGGAACCUGAUUCUAAAGAACCAGCAGACGUCUACGAUGAUGUUCCUGAUGCUUUCGAAUCGUGGGCUAAGACUUGCAAGGUUGCCACAUAUUCUUCGGAGGAAUCUCAAACUGCGACAGCUCAGAAGUCUCUGUUCUCCAGUAUACCCAAAGGAAGCCUUACAUCCCACAUCACUACAUAUUUUGACAAAACUAUCAAUGAUGAAUCUCCGGCUGUCAAUUUCUGUAAAGUCGCAUCAGAAAUGUCGGUAAAUGUUGAAGAGAUCGUUUUCAUCACUAGUAACGUUGAGGGUGUUAAAUCUGCCAAAUCAGCUGGUUCAGUCCCAGUCUUCAUUUCCAGAGACGGUAAAGAUUCUCUCCCGCAAGAAAUUGCGAAAGAAAUUUCAUCAGUAUCAACUCUCAAAGACAUUGUGUUCAAGCAGUUGAAGCGCAAAAGCGAAGAUGAAACCGUCAUAGAGGAACCACCAACCAAAGUUGCCAAAACUGAAAGUGUUCCAGAAAGCACACUGCCCUCUCACACAGCAAUGGAAGAAACACCUUCCGAAACAGUUCCUGCAGUUGAAAAAGUUGAGGAUGAAAGCAUGGAAGUUGAUACCCCAGAACUGGAAAGCGACUCAAAAGUUGAAGAAAAAGCAACUGAGGUUGCUGAACAAGGGAAGCCAACAGAACAAGAAAAACCAGUUGAACCAGCAGCUGAAGAGCCAGAAAAUGUUGCUCCUAAAAAAGAUGUAGAAGAAAAGGUUCCUGAACAAUCUGAAAAAGCUAAAGAACCCAAUGAGUCAGAAAAGACUGCCGAACCUGAGAAGGGGACUGAACCAGAGAAGUCUGUUGAAGAAAAGAAGGCUGCUGAACCUAAGAAGGGUGUAGAACCCGAGGCGGCUACAGAACCUGAAAAGGCUGCUGAAACCGAGAAGGCUUCUGAAACUGAAAAGGCUGCAGAACCUGAGAAUGCAGUUGAACCCGAAAAGGCUGCUGAUUCUGAAAAGGCUGUAGAACCUGAGAAAGCUGCCGAUCCCAAAGAGGCUGCAGAACCUGAGAAAGCUGCCGAUUCCGAAAAGGCUGCAGAACCUGAGAAGGCUGCCGAAUCCGAGAAAUCUACUGAACCUGCGAAGGUCGAGGAACCCAAAAAGGUUAAGGAAUCUGAAAAAGUUGUGGAAUCUGAUAAGGUUGCUGGACCCGAAAAGAUCGCUAAACCUGAGGAGGUAGCUGAAACCGAAACAGAAACUAAAAAACAUGUUGAAUCAGCAGAGCCCAUAAAAAUGGAAUGUGAGAAAGUGUUAGAAUCCGAAAAAUCUGCAGAGACUGAAAAUCCCACAGAACCGAAACCUGCUGAAACAGAAACGUGUACCAAAGCAGCAGAAUUAGAAGAAAAAAUGGAGGAACCUGCCAAAGUGAUUGAACCAAUUCCUGAAAAGACUGAAGAAUCGAAGAUAGCCCAAAGUACUGAAGAAUCUCCGAUGGAUUGCGAUGACUGUUCUGAAACUGCAAAGACUGAUAACAAAAAUGAAAACAAUGAAUGUACUGAGGAAGCCAACGCUAAGAAAGAUGAGAAUAAAGUAGAAGUAGAAAAAAUGGAAGAAGACUCCCCACCACAAGAAGAUAAUAAGGUAGAAAAGAAAACAGAAGUAACCGAAAUGGAGACGAGUAGUUCAACCGAAGUGAUUGAGGAUGAAAGUAAGAAAGAGAAAUUGGUCUGUGAUAAAGUAUUAGAAAAAAAAUCAGAGGGUGAAGUGGAAACAGAAGAAAGUAAAAAAGAAGAAAAAAUGGAUGAGAGCAAAAAAGAAGAGGACACUAGGAUAGAAGACACGAGAGUAGAGACAAAAACAGAAGAGAAACCAGAGAAGACUGAAGAAAAACUAGAAGAGAAAACUAAUAGGCAACCAGAGCCAACUACAACAGAAGUGAAAUCAGAUGAACAGACUGAGUCCAAACCGGAGGAGAGAAAAGCUGAAGAUAAAUCAGAAAAAAAGACUGAGGAAAAAUCGGAGGUGAAAUCUGAAGAAAAAUCAAAUGAAGCGAAAGAAGAGAAAAAAGUAGAACAGGAAACAAAGGAAGAGGCCAAAGUAGAGGAAUCGAAAAAAGAUGAAGUUGCAGCAAAUGGGGUAGAUAAGAAAGAUGAAGUGAAAGAAAAUGGGGAGAAGACCGCUGAAAAAGAAAAUAAAAGCGAGCUUGCCAAUGGUAUCGAGAAGGAGAUUGCAAAGAACGGCGAGUCCUCGGAGGAAACAGAAGAAAAGAAACAAAAUGGCGAAUCAAGCCAGUCCGAAAGCAACGUAGAAGAUAUCAAAGUGAAAAAAAUUGACGAGGCGUCUGAAGGUGCGCCUCCUGUGAGUGUCGAAGUGUAAUUGUUCAUAUUUUAUAUGUUUGGAUGUAAUUGUAAUGUUGUAGUAUUCAGUUUUUUACCUUAUUUAUUAUUUACAAGGAACUCUCUCGUUUAGGUAGGUGCUUUUUUGGUUGUACCGCUUUGUACAGGGUGUUUUAGAGGGAGUGUUUCUAGAUCAAAGAAGGUAGAGUUGCUGUACAUUUCACUCCUUCGGUCAACUGUUUUACCGCUUUGAGGGAUUUUUGUAUUCUUUCUAUCUUUGCUGUUGUGAUCCAAAUUGUUCCUGAUAGUUCUUUAAAAAGUUCUUCCAAAGCGAAAGUGCCAAGUGAUGAGCGAAGACUGGAAUACGAAAAGACUAAAAUUGGCAUUUAUAUAUUUUUGAAUUUAGUAUUAUUUUGCGAUCUAUUUAAUUGCUGUCAAGACUGGAUCUUGUAUUUCACUGUACAGGGUGUUGAGUGGGUUAGUUUUCUGCACAAAGAUAUUUCAUAUUGAAGUAUCAGAAGCCAGUACCGUGGACUCUACCACCACUCCCUGGGUCCUGUAUAACACUUUAGUUGGAUUUCUGUGUAUGCCCGAUAUUUUUUUUUGGCACCCUGUACGUGUAUUUUGUUUUUCCAGUAUUUGUACUUAGUUUCGAUUCGUAUAGCAUUCCGCCACGUUGACUGUUCACUUUCUUCUGUUCAAAAUACUCAUUAGAUCUGAACUGUUUUUUUUAAAUAAAUUUCUAACUCGAUUUGUGAUAUACCGCUGAACAAGCGAAUUUCAUUGACCAUCACAAUAAGUUUUUUAUUUUUUUUGUGUUACUUGUUAGAUGUAAGUAUUAUUUUGGUGUACAGGCCUAUAACGGUAUAUGGCUGCAACUUCUUGUAUACGUUCAAGCACCAUAUUAAAAGUUUUGUAGCGUUCUAUUCAA